AUCACUUUACUUCGCGACCACCAACUGGUGAGUAUCAUCGCGUAGACCCGGAUCAUUCUCAUAUCGUUCAUAAAAAAAGGUGCAUGUACCUCGCUGUGGCGCUAAUCAUUAUAAUUGCGAGUUUGGUCAAACUCAAAUGCCGCGAUGCUCCACCUAAAGGCUAUAUUGUGUCUGAUAAGCGUCGUCGGAGCCAUGGGAACCCGCCCCCCUGGUUCUUUUGGGGGAGAGGACCGCUACAUGCUUACCGAAGCGUGGCUACAUGAGGUCGUAGACCGCAUGGGGAGGGACAUCAAAGACGCCGCUACCUCCUUCCUUGAUUACACCCCUCGCCAGCGUCACUAUAGUCUACUAAACGCCAACGACGACGAUGAUCAGGAACAGAAUGACUACGAGUCUCUUAUUGAUAGCAACCCUAGUCCCAGCCUGCGCGAUCAGGAGCUUGUGCAACACAGUUCUCUCUGGGGCCACCAAUUUGUUACUGGUGGCGCUGGUGAAGGUGUCAAUCGGCAAAUGAUUAAAACGGACGCAGUGCUGCCCGCUUAUUGCAACCCACCUAAUCCCUGCCCUGUUGGUUACAAUGAAGAACAGGGCUGCAUAAAAACGUUUGAGAACACAGCAGUCUUCAGUCGUGAAUACCAACUAUCACAGCGAUGCAUGUGCGAUGGUGAACAUAUGUUCAGCUGCCCCAACGAGCCAUCAGACAUGGAUAUCCAUUUCCCUGACCAUAAGAACCUCGUCGCGAAGAAAUUCAGCAACGAAGUUAGUGUAUCCUAUUUAAUUCAACAAUUAAAAACAUUCAUUCAAUAUCUGGGUGAAUUAAUGGAGGCCCGUCGUAAAUACCCAGGUUGUCAUUGCGCCUAUUAAACUCAAUUUGCUAUUAUUUUACCUACUUAUAUCAAUUUUCUUUAUUAUUAGAUUCAUUUUAAUCUAAAUUUGAUGACAUUUAGGUCAAACCCGGUAGCAUAAGCGUCGUUAUUCCUAAUACUCAUAAUAAUGUUUUAGGUGGAGAAUCCUUAUUUAUUUGGUGAACGUCUACCUAUAGCUGCGAAAAAGGGAUUCGAUGUACAUGUCUACUAAUAUAACUUUUAUAGUAUUUUUCGGACUCCUGAUAUAUUUUUGUGAGUUGUUGAAACAAAAUAUUUUGAAUAUAUUAUUGGCAGUUUAUGGUUAAGUUAGUUUUUACCGCAUGAAAAACAUAGUCAUUUGGCGGUUUCAUUUUUAUAUGGAAGAUGUUUCUUAAUUAUUGUCAUAAACCACAAAUCAUACUUCCGUGGCUUAGUUUUUAUUGUACUUAUUAAUAUCAUUUAAUUAAUCCAUGGAAAUAUAUCAAGGAGUCACAAUUAGUGUUUCUAAUAGUGUUUACAGUCUUUAGAUAAGAUAUAAAAUUUUAUUGAUGUCUAUAAAAGUCCUAGCAACCUCAUGGAACAAAUUAUAUAGGAAGAUGUUUUCAUCAUCUGUAUGAAAGCCUUUUAGGUUAUACUUUUACCAUAAUAUUUAGUUUAUUUUAACUCGCUAUUGUUUAAUUUAAGGUUUUAACAAACUACUCACACAUCCCGUAUUCUAAUUAACUAAUUUUCGAUUAUUUUUUUAAAUCUUAACGAGAUAGUUAUAUGUAAAUAUGCGGCGAUCUACACUUAACACAAUGUAUAACUUUAAGAAAAUUCUGGGCAAGUGCUGAGCAAGCGAUUUCGUAAUUAAAUAUAAUAAAUGGGCGUUCUCAAACAUUGUACAGAUUAUCGUAAUACCACCCCAUCGUAGCUUAGGUUAAGAAAAUUCUAUAUUUUGAAUACUCGAAAAAUUUAAUAAUUAAUCAAAAAUAUAACUAGGUAGUAAGAAAAAAGCAAGCUGUUUGAUUGAUAUAAAUAGAAAAAUAAUAAGUACUAAUAGUUUUACGGACAAUACUUAUUGAUAGACUAGUGAAGGGAAUUAUCCGUAAAAUUACACACGUACUUGUAGUAGUUUUAACGGAUUUAAACGCAUUUAAUUAUAAUCACUUAAACCUUAAUUAAAUGACGGAAAGUUUGCGUCCGACGUUAAAUUAAAUAUUUAGCUGCAAAUAAUUAAACGUGUUUAAAUACGUUUAUAAUCUUAUAAUAACUUUAUAAUUAUUUUAUAGUUCUAGAGUUUAUGUGUCAUUUUUCUAGUCAUCUUUGACUUAGCUGAAUAUUUCUGAGCGAAAAAUAACAAUAGAUUUGUAACUUAAAUUAUGAAUACCAACGUUAUAAAAUCUUUCAGUAUGAUGCUAUUACGAUCUUCAAGGUGAGCUCAUUUUAUAUUCGUCACUAUAUUUAA